AUGGGCGCCGGCUUCUGCCAGCGACGUGCAGCCCCACCACCACCCACGGCGUCUGCGGCCUCGACCCGACGGCCGGGGCCGGGAGCGCAGCAGAUACGUGAUGCCUGGUUGCUGGCAGUACAAGAGGAGGAUGCAGAGGCAGCAGGCUGGUGUGCCCGGCUUUGCGAAAAUCUUCGGGGUGCAGAAGCCUUUGCAGAGAGCGAUGGCCUUGAUGCCUUCAUCCACGUGGCCAUGGGCCAAUCCAUGUCUGGCAAGGGUGGGCUGAUGGUGGCCUUGGCACAAGCGUUGAUGAUGGAUAUGAGCGACUACAAGGUUGCCAUUUUCGAGACCUUGUGUGCUGCUGCUCUGUGGCCGUCGCUCAAAGGUCGAAUUGCUGGCUCGGGCGUGCUGGGAGUGAUCACAGCCACGCUCCUGUCGCCACGGCAUCCCGCUUCCAGCAAGGCGCUGAUGGCGCGGCUCUGCGGCGUGCUGGCUGCCGAUUCGCCUGAGGCGGUUCAGCUGGGCGAUGGCCGCCGUGCCGAGGAGUUCGCGAAGCUGCGGCGUCAGCUGAUCGCGUCCGGGGCAGUGAAGGCUAUCGCGGCGCUCGCCAAGGAGGGUGCUGGGGAGGCAGCGGCGGCGGCUGCCAAAACGGUGGCGCAGUUCGCAGGCACCAGCGGCGAUGCGGAGAUUCGAGCCGAGUUGACUACAGCAGAGGUGGUGCCCUCAAUGCUCAACCGCCUAUGCAGCGAAUUACAGUGCCUGCACCCGAACAGCGAGAAGUGGGCAGGUGUCAUCAUGCUGCCGCACAUUACCCAGGAGAUGACGUUGCCUUUGAGCGUGAAUCAGGUCAUGCUGGGAUGUGAAGCAGAGCUGCAGCAGAGGCUGAGCGCCUCAGGGCACCAGGAUACCGAAAACACAUCGGGCGUCCUUGGUCUCCAAGGCCCUCCGUCAUGGCAGCAGAAUAUGGCGGAUUGCAUAGCAACCUAUGACACCCCUGCCAACUUCCGCUUCUACCAGCGGCACAGCUCGCUGCUUGGGCAUGACAUUGCCCAUGUUGGGAACCCAGAGGUUUGCUGGGAGGCGAGCCAUCGCUUCUUCUGGGGCUUUCUCGCCUUCCGCCUCACAGGAAGCUGGAAGGACGUGGCGCUGGAGUUUGGGAUGUGCGUGCCAAAGAGCUGCUCCUACGCCGUGGUCGACACCAUCUUCGUGCCAUAUUUGUUGGGACGUUAUAUGGGCAGGUCGUGGGGCCCAAAGAAUCCGGAGAUCCUGACGCGGUGGCACCACCAGAACGAGAUUGAAAAGGAGGACACUGCAUCCCACUUUGUUUUCAACAUUGUGGCACUGCAUCCUGGAGGGCCCUCUGCAUGGUAUCAGGAUCACUGGCCUUACAGGCAAAAGCUCUGGCAAUACCAUCCGAGUUGGUGGCCUUCGAAGCAGAAUGAGCUGGUGCUGACCAUCCUGGCCUUUCCCCCUAUCUUGGCGGCGGUAUGCCUAGCAUUGCUGCGCCUAUGUGGCAAAUCCAGUUCCUGGCUGCGGAUUUUCGCGCCCCAGCGGCACCUGGCAGAUCUCUGCAGGAGUACAGAGGAUGACUUGUCAUCUCUCCACCUGGUGCGGCUGAUCCUGCAGCUCUUGGUAACCUGGCAACAUGUUGUCCUGUUGGUGGAUUGGUUGGGCAACAGUGGUCACGGCGGCAUUGAGUCCUUCCAACCAUUGACCAGCCAAGUGGCCAAGAUCCUUGGCCGCGUGAACCACACCUUCGCGUGCGUGUCGGCCUACCUUAGCCUUCGCUCCAUGGAGAGGGCGCUGGCUGCGGCUGGCCCUGGAGGCCUGAAAAAGGCCACUGUGGUCUGUGGCCGUUGGCUGCUCAGCCGCUGGCUGAGGCAAGUCUGUGAGCUGGGCUUUUGGAUGUGGUUUUUCCUUUGUCUCUCGCAAGACAUUCCAUGGAAGCCCUUCCCGGAGUUCGCACAGAUCUGGUACCAGGACCGGCGGGAACUAUGCCUGUCGGCGCCUGUCCGUCGCAGCUGCCGGUUGCCGCAGGAGCAUGUGCCUUCCAUGUGGCUACUGAGCCUGAUGUUUGUCUACGCUCCAGUCAAUGCAGCUCUCAAGCUCUACCAGCCUGUUGUGUCCGUUUGCCACAACAUGCAGAUCUUCGAGAAUCUGUUCGCUGUCAGCGUUUUAUCUGCAGGCGUGGGCCUUGUGAAGCACUUCUUUGGUUACGUUCUUGGGCUGCUGGCUGGCACGUUGCUGAUUGCCAUGGGUCUGUGGUGGGAACCAGAGAUCAUCAACGAGGGAUUCCGCCCGGGGCACCGCUUUGUGGGCAUGACCACGGCGCACUUGCUGCCCGGGGCGCUGCUGUGUGCACUGGUAAAGGUGCCGCGCACAAGCGUCAGAAUCCCAUUGCUGUUCCUGGCGCUUUCCUUGCUGGUAGACUGGCUUACGCUUCCUCCAACUCAGGUCAUAGACGAGCAAAGUCCGCGUCUAGUCGCUGACAUGAUCUUCUCUCCUUCCAAAGCAGCGACCUUUGCGGCGAGCAACGGCCUCCACGCCUGCGCCAUCGCCUUGCUGCUUGGCAACAUGGCGCAGAAUGGAUCAGCUGCCACACCCAGCUGGUGGGUGAUGCUCGCCUCCAGGCUGUCGCUAGGCGUAAACUUGUCCAACAUUUUUGCGAUCCAUUAUCUUCGUGGACGUCUUAUGCUCAUGCCCGUGGAGUUCCACCACGUUCACGUGAUGGGGUACACGUUAUGGGCCUGGGCAGCUGCUGUUGUGGCUUCAGCAGUGGUGUACUGUUUGGUGACUCCGUAUGCCUUGCUUGGAGAUGCUGUUCUGAAGCGACUCAGCAACGCACUUCUUGGAAAGCCAACAUGGCGGACAGCCGGGAAGAAGACAGCCUGA